AAGCAAAACAGAAAAAAGAAAAAGGGGAAAAAAAAAUCUUGCGUUUAGAACGAGAAUCAUUCUUCACUCUCCCAGUCCCCAGCAUAAGGUUAAAGAAGCGGAGACAACAAAGAAAGCGCGAAAACAUCGCUCUCCAUGCCAUGGAAUUUGCAGGCGACCGAGAAUUUGUCUGGCUCGGGCCUUCACCAUUCACAAUCUUGUAUAAAAUCAUCGAUAUCAUCGAUCAACUGAUUGCCGUCACUUUGCUCUCCUCAUUGUCGAAGUUUGAUCUUCUUCAUCGUAAGAUAGAAUGUCUAAAUCUGCGCAUGUACCAAAGUUUGGGAACUGGGAUAGCGAUAACGUUCCAUAUACGAAAUAUUUUGAGAAUGCUCGCAAAGAUAAAAUCCCUAGACCGAAGAAUUUCAACCCCAAUGAUCCUGAGCAGAAUCCUGAUGCCUUUCUUUCUGGGAUAUUCCCUUCAGAGCAGGAGCUGAAAAAUAAUGGCUCUGAAAUUCACAGUGUGGUGAACAAAAAAACUUACCAGGGAGAUAACAUGGAGUUACGAGAAAGAAGCAAACAAAGAAGGAACUCAGAUGAAGAUAGUCUUCACAUUCCUCCAUUGCAACAGUCAGGACCAAGACAAGGAAGAGCUUCACGGACCGAUGCUAUGCACGAAACACCUUCAGUGCCAAAAUUCGGUGUUUGGGAUGAAAAGGGUCCUAAAUCAGGGGAUGGGUUCACUGUUAUCUUUAACAAAGUUAAACAAGAGAAGCAAAAUGCUGCUAGUAAGUUUCCGAGAGUUCCAAUAGAUCCUACUAUUCAUCCAAGCAAGCGUAAGAAUCGCGCAAAUCCUGCCUCAAGGUCGAAGAUAUUAUGUUGCAUUAGACCCGCCAUUGAUGAAUGAGUCAUGGGCACUGUCUUAAGGAGCAUCGACCACUCUGAUGCAAAAUUUUCUACAUGUUUGCUCUAUAUCAGCAAGCAUUUGUGAAAUAUUGGGCUAAUUUGGGCUCUAUAUGGGCAAGCAUUUACGAUGAUCUGGUUUAUGUCUUGCAAACAUAGAGACAAUCGAUAUAGUGUAAUGAUUUGUCCGAUUUCUGAAGCAUGAUUUUAUAAUUAGUCAGGACGCAUAUUUAUUCUGGAUGUAUGCUGUCAAGGUUCCCUAUUGCUGCUCUAUUUUAUAGGAAAAGAACUGUUGCUCUAUUUUACAAGUAAAGAACCGCUUGAAGUUUAUUGCA